GGCAGCCACGGCAGGAACACCUCCUUCUUCCACGUCUGUUUCCUCGUCUUUUCCCGGCGUCUUCGUCAUGAGCAAGAUUCUCUUUUUCGCGGUGGUGGGCGUGGUCUCGAUGGGCGUGGCCUCCGCCUUGCCCCGCCUCGUGAAGAGAGAUUCCACCCCCUUCGCCUAUGAGCUCCCGUCGAACGCCUCGCGGAUCGUCGGGAACAUCAACACGGGCUUCGACUGCUCCAACCUGGGCUACGGUUACUACGCCGACCAGGCCAACGGCUGCGCCAUCUUCCACAUCUGCCACCCGUACCAGGAUCCCGAAGGAAACUUCUUCACUAGGAUGUUCUCCUUCUUCUGCGGCGAAGGAACCAUCUUCGACCAGUCCACCCUCACCUGCAACUUCCCCGAGUACGCCCUGCCUUGCGAAGCCGCCGCCAGUUACUAUAACAUCAACGAUUAUUUCGGCAGGGAGGAUGUUCAGUUCCGCGACGGUUCUGUUAACGGUAUAUUCUAAGGAGAUUAAGCUGCCCUCUCCUUUACUCUAUUUCUCCACGUGAGGAAAUAUGUAUAAGCCAGAGGUGUGUGUGUGAACGAUAUCUGGUAGAUUUUUCUUUGUCCUUUUUUUUUCUUCUUUUCACUUAAAAAAAAAAAAAAAAAUAAUAAAUCAGGAAGUGCAGGAAGAGGAAGAGGAGGAGGAGAAGAAGAAGAAGAAGAAGAAGAAGAAGGAACGUGUAUGAACGUCUUUUUUCAAAUAUGAGGUCGUGGUAGAUUUUAUUUUCUCUAUUUUUCAUCUUUUUUCACUUUAAACAAAUGUUUUCAUCUAUUUCACGAAAAAAGGUGAAAACAAUGGUUUCAGAUCGUCAUGCUUGGGAAUGGUUUAAAUGGUUAUUAUUAUCAUUUCUUUUCCUAUUCUUCCUUCUACUACCUUUACACAGCGCCGCUUCUCGAAUUGUAAAUAUUAUGAUUAUGUGUAAUAAAAGCGAAAUACAUCAA